CCGACUGAGCCACCCAGGCGCCCCUAAAUUAGGUUAUUUCUUGUAGCAAAGUCGUUCAUGUGAACUUUCUACCUAAGAGUGACUUACUCCGUCGUAUUAACCUGGGGAAAGAAGAUGAUCUUAAAUGCUGUUCUUCCACUGCCCGGAACAGCACUCUCUCUUACGUUGCUGUUUGCAUCUGUUAUCUAAACACUUGAUAAACCAGUUUCUUGCGGUUACUGCGCUUCUCUCUGCUCGUAACCACUCGUCGAAUCUACUUUCUUUUCGUGCAGAGUUACAAAUCGAGAGCUGCCGUGGGUUAUUUGCGCGAAGUCAGGCCAGCCUUUAUGUGUUGUGGGUUUGUUACACUGAGGUGUGAGUGCCCGUUGAUAACUAUCAACAAGAGUAGGUUCUAAAUAGAAGUUGUUAGUUUUGAGUAUUUACUUUGCUUACUGACUUCAGAGGCUAAAAAAGUUUAUUCUUUGUUCUUUGUCCUGCAAGUUCAUUUCCAGGAAAGUCAGGUCUCUGAACUGUGACUUGUAUUUCCUCAACUUGGUCUUGAUGGGUUUUGUUCCUAAGAGCAGUGCAGAAAGAAGUGGGGUGUACGGCAAGGAAAUAAAAUACAUGGAGCGAAGUUAUGUAUCAAAACCCACUUUGAAUGAAGUGGUCAUAGUAAGUGCCGCGAGAACGCCCAUUGGAUCCUUUCUAGGCAGCCUUUCCUCCCUGCCAGCCACUAGGCUUGGUUCCCUUGCAAUUCAAGGGGCCAUUGAAAAGGCAGGGAUUCCGAAAGAAGAAGUGAAGGAAGCAUACAUGGGGAACGUUCUACAAGGAGGUGAAGGUCAGGCCCCUGCGAGGCAAGCGGUCCUGGGCGCAGGCUUACCUCUGUCUACUCCGUGCACGACUGUGAACAAAGUCUGUGCCUCGGGGAUGAAGGCCAUCAUGCUGGCCUCUCAGAGCCUCAUGUGUGGACAUCAGGAUGUGAUGGUGGCAGGUGGGAUGGAGAGCAUGUCCAACGCUCCCUACGUAAUGAACAGAGGCGCUACACCGUACGGUGGCGUCAAGCUUGAAGACUUGAUUGUGAAGGAUGGGCUGACUGAUGUCUACAAUAAAAUCCAUAUGGGGAACUGUGCCGAGAACACGGCUAAGAAGCUGCACAUCACGCGCGAGGAGCAGGACGCGUACGCCGUGGGCUCCUACGGCAGGAGUCAGGCGGCCUGGGACGCCGGGAGGUUUGCCGAGGAGGUCGUUCCUGUCACGAUUUCGGCGAAAGGUAAACCAGAUGUAGUGGUGAAAGAAGAUGAAGAAUAUAGACGUGUUGACUUUAGCAAAGUUCCAAAGCUGAAGACCGUUUUCCAGAAAGAAAAUGGCACGGUCACGGCAGCCAAUGCCAGCACGCUGAACGACGGCGCGGCCGCCGUGGUUCUGAUGACCGCAGAUGCCGCCAAGAGGCUCAGCGUUAAGCCGCUGGCAAGGAUAGCGGCGUUUGCUGAUGCUGCUGUGGACCCUAUUGAUUUUCCAGUUGCACCCGCAUAUGCUGUACCUAAGGUUCUUAAAGAUGCAGGAUUGAAAAAAGAGGAUAUUACAAUGUGGGAAGUAAAUGAAGCCUUUAGUCUGGUGGUGCUAGCCAACAUGAAAAUGCUGGAGCUUGAUCCCCAAAAAGUGAACAUCAACGGAGGUGCCGUCUCUCUGGGACAUCCCAUCGGGAUGUCUGGAGCCCGGAUUGUCAUUCAUAUGGUUCACACCUUGAAGCCAGGGCAAUAUGGUCUUGCCAGUAUCUGCAACGGAGGAGGAGGGGCUUCUGCCAUGCUGGUCCAGAGGCUGUAGAACAUCCGCGUGUCCAGAGCAACAACCUGAGGUGGCUCGAAGGGCCCGGCGCCACCAGUAUGACCAAGUACCCCGGGAUCAGGCUGUAACAAGAUCAUCUGUUUGGGGUUUUGUUUUUUUAACUUUUUUAAUAACAAGGUCAACUCUCAAAUCUUUUGAAAUUCUAAAUAAAUUUUUUCUUCUCUCAA